AUGCCGCACAAAUCUCCCUUUCAAUUUCAAAUUCCCGCCUGCAACAUCCUGGACUACCUUUUCUCCGAGUCCGAGCCCUCGGAGGAACCGAUCUGGAUAGAUGCGGAGAACACAAAGCUCUCUCUGUCCCCCAAACAGCUGCUGCUAUGGGUGAAACGAUUGGGCCUAGGGCUCCAGAAGCUGGGGCUAAAUCGCGGAGACGUGGUCAUGGUGCAUUCGCCUAAUCACAUAUUCGUUCCCGUGGCGUAUUGUGAGAUUGUCUACCAAAUCGAAAACACAGAAACCAAAGUCAUCCUCGUAGACCCAACGCUUCUCACUACCCUCCUGCAAGCUGCUUCCAAAACCAACUUCCCUCACGACCGCAUCUUCCUCUUCUCCGAUACCGAAUGCUCACCUCAGCGCUCUCUCUCCGAUUGGCGCUCCAUCCUGCCACCACCCUCAGCAGCGUCAACCUGGAACUGGCCGCGCCUCUCCCCUCAACACGCGCGCACAACCUCCGCCGUCCUCAACUACUCGAGCGGCACGACCGGCCUCCCGAAAGGCGUCAUGAUAACGCACCAGAACAUCAUCGCCAACACCGCACAAUCCCUCUACAUGCGGGACCUCGAGCAACCCUACACCGCAUCCACCCGCCCACCGGAGCGCUGGCUCGGCUUCCUCCCUCUCUACCACGCCUACGGCCAACUCUGGUCCAUCAGCGCCGCCGCCAAAACCCUGACACCCACCUUCUUCAUGCGCGGCAGCCCCUUCUCCUACCCAACCUUCCUCCGCCACAUCUCCACGCACCGCAUCACGCACCUGCAGACGGCGCCGCCCGUCGUCGUCAUGCUGGCCAAGCGGCCCGAGACGCGCGAUCAUGACGUUAGUAGCCUCCGCAACAUCCUCUGCGGCGCCGCCCCGCUAUCCGCCGAGCUGCAGAACGAGGUCGCCGACCGGUUUGGCGUCCGGAUCGUGCAGACGUGGGGCAUGACGGAGCUGACGUGCUCGGCCAUGCACGUGCCGGGCGGCCGUGAUGAUAGGUCGGGGAGCGUGGGGUAUGCGGAUCCGAAUUGCGAGGUCAAGCUUGUUGAUGACGAGGGGAAGGAGGUGGGUGUGGAAGAGAGGGGCGAGGUCUGCGUGAGGGGUCCGAACGUUUGUUUGGGGUAUUGGCGGAAUGAAAGGGCGACGAGGGAGGCUUUCGAUGAGGAGGGAUUUCUGAGGACGGGUGAUGUGGCGGUUAGGGAUGAGGGGGGGAGAUACUGGAUCGUGGAUCGGAAGAAGGAGUUGAUCAAGGUGAAGGGCUUCCAAGUUGCUCCGGCAGAGAUGGAGGCGGUACUUCUGGAGCACGAGGCUGUUGCCGAUGCAGCUGUCGUUGGAAUACAAUUCGAUCACGAAGAACUUCCGCGUGCCUAUGUUGUUCUCAAAGAACACUACAAGAGUGGUCAGGUCUCGGAGGAAGACGUUACCUCAUGGACAGCCAGCCGCGUAGCUAAAUACAAGCAGCUGCUUGGUGGAGUCAUGUUCGUUGAUGAGGUGCCAAAAUCACCUUCUGGCAAAAUACAGCGCAAGAUUAUAAGAGAGUGGGCUAAAAGGGAUGCGCAGACCUUGGAGAAAAGAAACGUUAGGGCUAAGUUGUAG